AUGAAAAGUAGCCGCGUCCAACGCGUCGACUCGUCGACUCCGCACCAGCUCAAUAAGGACGAGAGUCUGCUCUACACCGAGGAUCAUAUAACCAGUGAUGGGUAUGAUAUACUCACUGGCUCCAAUUGCCAGGAUACUGUCUACAACUACGCUUCGAUAAUGGCUACUGUCAGAUCCCAUGGCCUCCACGGGCCGUCGGCCCUCCCAUUUCUCGUUGCGGAAGAUCUCAUCACCCCCAAUCCCUCCGAAUAUCAAUAUGUAUGGAAGACUACAGUCGAUGAAAGUUCUCAGCCGCCUGUUGACGAUGAGAUCAUUUGGACAAAGACGUGCGUGGUCUGGUCUCGCGGCGGCGUGGUGAAAACGGUAUUCCGGCUUGACCUUGAGAAGGAGGAGAUACGACAUGCUCUUUUCACAUAUUUUGCGCCGGGGAAUCUGAGAAGAUCCGACCGUGAUUGCAGGCAUGUUGGCGAGCAAUCCUGGAUGAGUGGCGAGUCCAGACAGGGUCGCACUGCUGAAUCGAGCCAUGGAUUGACUUUCAAUGGGCACGAAGAUCCCCAGACAGCAGAAAAACCAUCGAGGGCUUUGGUUGUCGUUCUCAAGUCCCAGGCCCAUAUUUUCUUCUUGUCAGGGAAUAGCCAUGUCAUUCCUUUGCCGUUCGAGGUCCACUCAGUGUUUGCUACUCCACGGGGUCUUCUGUUUCAAAGAAGACUACACGAGGAGAAUCACAAACCAUAUCCAGCAGCUCCCCCCAGUUCUUUUGUAUCGUCAUUCCAUGCAUCUGCAGAUUUUCGCUCGUCCCAAACCUCUACUGGCAGGGGCAGGCAGCCGUCUCUCGGCCUUUUCUCUGCCGGGUUGAAGCCGAAGCCCAGCCAGCAUGCUGAUCUCCCCAGAGUUUUCUCUCUCAUAGACCCUCAUUCUGAGAUGGGCUUAGUUGUCUCUAAUCAGAAUUCUCGUUAUGUGCGUGACAGCGGCAGAAUUUCAGGAUUCGAUCCGUUGGACCCUACUGAUGAGAUUGUAUAUGUCUCUACGCGCGACGAACUCUCACGAUCUAGCCUGACUCUAUCUGAUGCUCCAUUAAUCCUCGUUGUUACCGUCAACACAAACACCAGCUUCUACACGAUUUGGGCGGCACGAUAUAGAGAUGAUGAUGGCAGGCUAUCCCUAAAGAAGAGACGGAAACGGGAUACAGGAGGCACAAGGUCUAAACGACGCAGCUCACAUUUUGGAAUGGGAACCGGUUCAACUACUCCUGCCGGUCGCCCCGUAGCUGGUAGGGAAAGCUUUGGGCACAGAGGGGACGGGUGGAACGUUCCCAGCUUGUCUAAUUCACAAAUCGAAGGCAGACCCGACGAAGAAGAAGAUCUCGCUUCAAAAAUUGGCGACGAUUUCGGAGACAUUGGUGUCCCUUCGAAAGCAUCCAGACGGGUAAGUUCCUUGCUAGCUCGGGCUGAUCUUGCGAGUAGCCAGGACAGAAUUGCUUUCUCAGACCUUGCUACUGGGAGCCAAUCGAGUUCUAUGGUACAUGGAGGUGCAAGACAAUCCAUGGGAGCUACCAGCAACAACCGCGGUAGCUUUGGAUUUAAUCCCAGAGCUUCUGCGACUAGCUCCGUGCGCAGCACUGCGGGCAACUUCCUUGAUGCCCCGGUUGACAGACUCCUGGAAGAACUGAACAAUGUGGGGCUAUUCGAAGGGUUCGAGAAUAUGGAACUUAGGGGAUCAGCAUCGGGUCUUCCUGAGGAGAUCAUGCUCUCCAAAGUCGAAAGCUUUUCUUUGAAGUUCUCGGGCGGCUUCCAUACCCCCGUUAAACCUAAGGGUGCCCGCAAUUUAAGGAUUUCUACGUUGUCCCCCUCUGGAGGAGGCAGCAUACAAAACAAGAACUCAGAAACCGUAGCCGUGUGCGUUGUGGACCGUGACUCGAAGUCGAUGGCUCUUGUCAAUUUAAGGGUCGACAGGGUUUCACUUCCGCAAGGGGAGAAAAUAGCUUCAAGAAGGGUGAAAUCAGGACUGACGCCGAAGAAGCAUUCUUUGCUAGUUCACGCCACUGGAAUACAACACUACGAGGAUGUGUGGGACUCUUGCAAGAUAGUCGACGGUGAUCUGUCAAGGUUCAUCACGGUGGGUGGGACGGGGUCCGGACAACGCGAGCUGUCAUUACUGUCGCCGUGGAGUGUUCCUGUUAAAAUCGAAGUCCCUGUCAAGCUGAUGCUCUAUGAGCCUCACGGGGUAUUUGCCACGAAGCUUGUGGAUUGUCCCCGUGAGGGAGGUGUAAAUAGAAUUAUGACUGAUUCCCCGCUUACGAUUACCGGGUUAGAUCAUCCAUCUCUUCGAGGGAUGUUCGAUGUCGUCGAUUCUCACCAAAGGAGGCACAGACUUCAGGUUCGGAUGGAACCAAGCAAUGGGCUCGUUCAGAAAAUUCUAAAAGUCUGCACAUUCGUUCUCCGCGAUUCCGAUAAGGCCGAAGACAGCUUACUAGCCUGCUGGUGGGAAGUCAUGAAUUGGCUCCGCACAAGGGAGGGAAAUGAGAAUGAUUUGGAAUGGACCGCGAUGGUAGUUGUGUUAUUCGCAAUGGCGGUUCCCUUCCUUGACAGCGAGCAGAUCCAGGCACCGGUCAGGGCCCGCAGAAAAAAAUGUUUUCUACGGUCAAGUAGCGGUGGCUACUCCGAUUUAGAAAGCUGGGAGAUGAUGCUUGAACAAGAGUCAGGUUCUACCGGUGUUGUUCCCCCCUGGAUGGUGGGCAGCUCCUGGAGCUGGGUGGUCGAGCAGGAUGCUGAAGACCACGAUGGGGAAUCCCGUGAGGACGUGCGGCAUGGGAAAAAGGCAUCGGAAAUUGAUCAGUCGGGUUCUGACUGGUCUACUUUCCGCAAAAAUUCCUAUCUUGUCCGUUGCACCGCUCUGGCCCAUGAGUUCCUUCAGAGUCCGCAAGGGGCAGCUGCUUCAGGACCAGAAGGCUACUUGCCUACGGCUAGCUGCCAGAACCAAGAUACGCGGCGAACUGCACUGUGCACGAUUCUGGUAGGUCUCCACCUCCUUCGAGAAGAGAGAAAGCUCUCUGUAACAGAGGCCGAGAAGUCCUGCGAGCCUCUGGGUCUGCUGGCUCCAGUGUUGGCUCAAGUCGGUGGCUGGCUUGGAUGGAAAUCCUGGUCAUGGACAGAUAACGCGUACUAUGCGGUUGAGUUGGCCAGCAUGGAUCGCUGGGCGUUUGAAAAUCAUCAAAUAUCAAGCCUUGACGUACCUCCGGAACCCUUUGCACCGCCCUCGAUCUUUGCCUUUAUAGAGAAGGCCUGCGGGCAACGCUCAUCUCCAUUUCUUACACUCCUUGACUUACUCACCAUGGCAGACGGUACUCAAAAAGGAGGUAAAUUGUGGCAGGAAUGCUCUGCUCUUACGCCAAGAACACUCGCAUUGAACGGCUUCCUUUCAGAAGUGCAUAAUGCCUCGACCUUCUUCCAGAAAAUACACCUUAUGCAUCGCUGGGGCCUGACAAGAACUAUUAUAGAGACGCUCCCCGAGGGUGUAAGCGCGCCGUUGUACGAAAUGAUAAUGCAGUCUCAAAUGCAUGCUUCGACAUCCUGGGAUCCGGCGCUGUUAGAAUUAAUUGACCGAGAUGACCUCUGCAUGUCAAUGAAUAAGAACACGUCUCAGCCAUCUGUACCGCCGCCGCAGCCUAUUCUAUCCCACGAUGCCGUCCGCGACUUCCAUAGCAUUGGCAACUCGGCACUCGACAUUGAUGCAAUAAAUUCUUUCGAGGUCUCUGCAGAAGCAGAUCGAUUCUCCGUAACCAGACUGAUCUUCCGUGAAGACAAGCGCUUUGUAGAGGCGACCAGACUGCUCAAUCAAUCCAAAGCGCCUGUGGCAGAGUGCAUUCCCGAGCCUGACUGGACUGAUUCGGACCUCUUAGAGGCGCAAAAAGAUAUCGUACAACUCGUGACUCUGCGUACGCUGUCUAUCCCCGCUGGACGUGGCAUGCUAUCGUUUAGCGGCCGAUUGCCUCUGUUGACGGAAAAGUUACCGAUCCCGUCUUUCUCGCUGCAGUGUAUCAUGAAACCUUCCAAUGUGACAAUUAGCGCUGACAGAUCCGCCUUCGGCGAGGAGAAAGUCUGUUGGGCAUUUUUCCAUAACGGCGUUUCCACCGGUCUGGCGAUAUCUAAAGCUUCAAAGGGCAUUGACACCUCUUGGAUACUCUUCAACAAGCCCCAGGAGUUGACCAACAGACACGCAGGUUUCUUGUUGGCUCUUGGUCUGAAUGGGCAUUUGAAGUCGCUGGCGAAAUGGGUUGCUUUCAAGUACUUGACCCCUAAGCACACUAUGACGUCUAUCGGUCUCUUGCUUGGCCUGUCUGCUUCUUACCUGGGCACUAUGGACACGUUGAUAACUCGCCUGCUUUCUGUGCACGUUACGAGGAUGUUGCCCGUUGGUGCUGCUGAGCUGAACCUGUCUCCGUUAACGCAGACGGCAGGAGUUAUGGGGAUCGGGCUGCUCUAUUGCGGUUCACAGCAUCGAAGAAUGAGCGAAGUCAUGCUAUCGGAGAUUGAAAACGCCGAACAAGAGGAGAGCUCUAUGUCCCGGGAGGAUAUGCGUGAUGAGGGUUACCGUCUGGCUGCGGGAUUUGCUCUCGGGCUCAUUAAUCUUGCCAAGGGAAAGGAUCUGAGAGGGAUGCGAGAUAUGCAUAUUGUCGAGAGACUGCUGGCCAUCGCAGUCGGCACAAAGAACGUCGACCUUGCUCACAUUCUUGAUCGAGCCACCGCAGGUGCAACGAUUGCACUUGCAAUUAUCUUUAUGAAGACCAAUGAUGAGGUCCUCGCUCAGAAAAUCGAUAUUCCAGACACGACGGUGCGCUAUGAUUACGUCCGACCUGAUCUCUUUCUCCUCCGUACCCUGGCGAGACACCUCAUUAUGUGGGAUAGCGUGCGGCCCAGCGAAGAAUGGUUCACCCGAAAUCUUCCCAAGGUCUACCGUCGUCGAUACCGCUUGACCAGUGUUCGCUGUUUGUGCAGCGAUGACAUGCCGUUUUACAACAUCAUCGCUGGUCUCUGCUUCACCUUAGGUCUCCGUUUCGCAGGUUCGGCCCAGGCACAAGCCCGAGAUAUUCUCAUUUCGUAUCUCGAUCAAUUCAUACGGAUCUGCAAACUUCCCGUUGUUAAUUAUGACAUGAGGCUGGCGCGGAAUUCGGCUCGCAACUGUCAGGAUAUAGUUGCUCUCUCCGCAGCUGCGGUCAUGGCCGGUACUGGCGACCUAGCACUGUUCCGGCGGCUGCGAUCCCUUCAUGGCCGAAUCGACAGUGACACGCCGUAUGGAAGCCACAUGGCCGCACAUAUGGCAAUUGGACUCCUUUUCCUGGGCGGAGGCAGCUACACGCUGGGCACUUCUGACCUCGCGGUUGCCUCGCUAUUGUGUUCGCUGUAUCCGAUCUUCCCUACGACUGUGCUCGACAAUAAAUGUCAUCUGCAAGCAUUCCGUCACUUCUGGGUUCUAGCUGCAGAGCCGCGUUGUCUCAUUGCUCGGGACAUUGAUACUCGGCGACCGAUCUCAGUGCCUAUCAGGGUAACAAUGAAGAACGGUGUCGUCCGGCAGGCUACGUCUCCUUGCCUUCUCCCUGAUCUCAACGGACUGGCUAAGGUCGAAUUACAAAGCACCGAUCACUGGCCCCUUGUUCUGGACUUUGGCCACGAUGACCAUCUGCGUACCAAGUUCGGCCAGGGGGAUCAGUCUGUCUAUCUCCGACGCAAGACGAUGUAUAAUCUGGCCGAGUCGUCAGCCUUCGCGUCGACUUUCUCAGGACUCAGCGAAGCACAGGAUGUUCUUCCUUCCACGUCGAGACUCCCCGUCGCGUUGCCAACUGUGUCUCCACAGGGAGUUGGAGCAGGAACAGGAAUCCAGAGCAUGAACAUGAACACAACCAUAUGGGAUUGGAUUUUCAAUCUACCAUCCCUCCAAACCCUGGAUAUCCGCGAAAGGUCCCUCCUCCGACCACCCCUCCCUAGCCGGGCUCUGGUACCGUUGCAGAACCAGACUUCUCCCACGUGUGCGCCGUGGCUACGCACCUCUGUGGUGGACAGCAAACUUCUUCUGGAGAGUACCAUAUCUGACAUCAUGAGGACAGUUCGUUCCGGACGCGCUGGGGAUGCAGACGCGGUUAGGGAUCGUAUGUGGCAGUUGCGGUUGUUGUUCAGCUGGUUUGAUGAGAAUCAUGUUGGUUCUGGUACUAGUACUGGUGCUACUGGGGAACAGGUGGGCGGGCUCUGGUUACGAGACGAGUUUAUAGAGGAGGCACGAUGGAAGAUAUGGGGGGCUCGGAUUGGGGAUGAUUCGGGUUGA